GUUACUGUUAACAGGACAAAGUUGACCAAGAAGUGAAGGUAUUGCUGGCCCUUAAGGCCGAUUACAAGGCUGCCACUGGUAAGGAUUGGAAGCCCCAGCCAGCUGCUGCUGCUCCGAAACCUGCCGAGAAAUCCAGCUCCAACAUGGCUGACUCCGCUGAGGCUACGAAUCUGAAGGCACAGAUUGAUGCCCAGGGCGAGAAAGUCCGGACACUCAAGUCUUCUGGGGCAUCUAAGGGUGAUGUUGACAAGGAGGUACAGGCAUUGCUGGCCCUUAAAGGUAAAUACAAGGAUCUGACAGGAGAGGAAUUGGCGGGAGGCGGACGACAGAACAAGAAAGGGGACAAAAAGGCGAAGGAAAACAAACCGCCAAAGAAACAGGAGGCAGCUCCAGCCAAGACUGAAGCGGCUAACAAGGAUGACAAAGACAUUAAAAAAAUCACCAGACUCUGUCUGGAGGCAAAGAAAGAAGAGAACUUGUCUGACUGGUAUCAACAGGUUAUCACGAAGUCUGAGAUGAUUGAGUAUUAUGAUGUGAGUGGUUGCUACAUCCUGCGUCCUUGGUCCUACUCAAUUUGGGAAUUCAUCAAGGAUUUCUUUGACACAGAGAUUAAGAAACUUGGUGUAGAGAACACAUACUUCCCGAUGUUUGUCUCCAACCAGGCACUGGAAAGGGAAAAAACUCAUAUAGAGGACUUCGCUCCGGAGGUUGCCUGGGUAACCAGGUCUGGGAAAUCCGAGUUAGCCGAGCCAAUAGCCAUCAGACCAACAAGUGAAACGGUCAUGUACCCCUCCUAUGCCAAAUGGAUUCAGUCUCAUCGAGACCUGCCACUCAAACUCAACCAGUGGUGUAAUGUUGUGAGGUGGGAGUUCAAACAUCCACAGCCAUUCCUGAGGACGAGAGAGUUUUUAUGGCAGGAAGGUCACACAGCGUACGGCAAUGCUAAAGAUGCACAAGAGGAGGUGUACACAAUCCUGGAACUGUAUGCCCGAGUGUACGAGGAACUCCUUGCCAUCCCAGUGGUACGUGGCAGGAAAACAGAGAAGGAAAAGUUUGCUGGAGGAGAUUUUACGACGACAGUUGAGGCCUAUAUCAGUGCUAGUGGACGAGCCAUACAGGGAGCCACAUCACAUCAUCUUGGUCAGAACUUCUCCAAGAUGUUUGAGAUUGUGAUAGAGGACCCGGAGACACGCGAGAAGCAGUACGUGUAUCAGAACUCAUGGGGAAUCACGACCAGGACUAUCGGUGUACUGUGUAUGAUCCACGGUGACAACAACGGACUCGUCCUCCCACCGAGAAUCGCCAGUGUACAGGUUAUAAUCGUACCAUGUGGUAUCACGGCCAGUUUGUCCCAGGCUGAUGAGAAAGCACUCCUUAAGAAGUGUGAGGACCUUCAGGCCUCAUUAACAGCCUCUGGAAUCAGGGCCAAGUGUGAUUUACGUGAUAACUAUUCACCGGGCUGGAAGUUUUAUCACUGGGAGCUCAAGGGAGUUCCCCUCAGGAUGGAGCUGGGUCCUCGAGAUAUAAAAAAGGACCAGGUUGUUCUCGUAAGACGAGACACCGCUGCCAAGUCAACAGUUGCCAUUGACAACCUGGCCACCAACAUUAGGGACACCCUUAACAACAUUCAACAGAGCCUGUUUGCUAAAGCCAAUGAGGAUCUGUCUAACCACAUGUCAGUGACGCACGACUGGGAAGACUUCUGUAACAGUCUCGACGACAAGAAGAUCAUCCAGGCUCCAUUCUGUGGAGAUAUUCCCUGCGAGGACAAGAUCAAGAAAGACAGUGCCAGGGAUGCUGUUGUGGAGGAAGGGGCACCUGCUAUGGGAGCCAAGGGGCUGUGUAUCCCAUUCAAACAGCCUAAGGAGAUGGCCAAGGGCACUAAGUGUAUCAUGCCAUGCUGUGGCAAUGAUGCCAAAUACUACACACUAUUUGGCAGGAGUUACUAAGACAUUGUACCCAUGAUUUACACGAAUAAUUUCAUUUACACCUGGAGUUACUAAGACAUUGUACCCAUGAUUUACACAAAUAAUUUUCAUUUACACCUGGAGAGACCGGGAUGUUUGUAUGAAUCCUGAAACACCACAAACAUUUUACCAAUUACUUGUUGAAUGAUUUAUUUUUAUUUAUUGAGAAUCAACCUGUUAAACAGCUAUAAGCAAUGGAAGUUAAAACUGGUUGUGAAUAUUUAGUACCCGAGUGGUAUGAUGUGAAGACUGUCUGGUGUCAUGUUUGAUGGAUAAAACAGGAGACUAUGUGAUUAAAUUUUGUUCCUUGCCAUUAUCAACUGUAACAACAAGCCUUUGGUGCAAUAAUACAAUGAAACGAUUAUUGAAGAUCUCGGAAGAUAAUCUUUUAUUUAUAAUAAAUAAAAUCAAUGGAACUUCU